AUAUAUAUAUAUAUUGUAAAAAUUAUAUAUAUUACUAAAAUUUCUCUGAAAUGUAACAUAUAACUUGAUGAGUUUUUCUUACGUCAAUGCUAUUUUCUCGCCUGUUUCGCAUUUAUUAGAAUAAAUUGUUGCACUGCCGUUUUAACCUAUGACUCGUUGGAUCUACGGUUCCGCGUGCCGAGAAUGUCAGACUAUCAGCUUGAGGGUUUCCUAAUCAAAACAAUUUGCUCGUGAGCUUUGAACUUCAAAAGUGACCUGCCGUGUCUGGACAGUAAUCGGAAUCGGGACAGUAUCGUGGAAUCGUAUUAUAAAAUAUAGAUUAAUCGUCGAAAUAUAGCACAGUGUUUGCGCUUGAAAUUUGGCUAUUUGGCACAUAUUCAGUAAAAUUUUAUUUUAUACCGUGACCUCAGUUCAAGAAUUUUUGGAUUUCAUUAACUUCGGUGUGCGAUUCUGUUUCGAUAAAUUUCAGAAGAAACUGUACAAGCCUUUGUUCUACGAGAUAAACGAUGGAUGACGUGAAUAUUCACGAAAUAUGUUUCGGUUUAGACGAGCAAUCGGACGAGGAUGAGGAGGAUUGGAUCAAAUUAAGCUGGAUCAACAGUCAAAGUGUUGACAAGGAAAAUUUUCAAUCACCACAGAGGGAUUCGGAUAACGAGAUAGCGCAGACGAAGGAUUACGAUGAUAAAGUACCCUUUACAAAUGCAGAACCAGAAGAUAUAUCCGACGGUAUAUCAGUCAUAACGGAAAGCGACAUAGAUGCUGUCAAUACAAAUCUCCAAAUUUGUCAAUUUGUCGAUCGUAAGCCAUGCAGGCAAAUGCUGGAAAGAAGUAUCUGGAACAUUCUCAUUGCUUGUGUACUUGGUAUAAUUAUCGGUUUGGUUCUCAGUCACCUUUUCACAAUUCCUGAAACUCAUCCGGUCUCAAAUGCUGAAAGUCUCGAGACUGCAAGUCGUAACAUUGUCAAUACUUGCAAGGAAUUGACAGACGUGAAAACUAUGUUGAACGAGAUUAAAACGCAUAUGCCAACUGACAGGAAGAUUACGGAGCAACUUUUUGCGCAGUUUUCCGAAAUUUCCGAUUUCUCUAAAGCAAAUGGUAAACCUAUUGUGGUUACCAAAGAAUUUUUCAAUUCUACUCCACGUCCGUUGGAUCAACUUCAGGCAUCUCUACGUGUACUAUCAUCGUUGGCAGUUAUCUACGACGAUAAUAAUUUGAAAAAUGAAAUAAAUAAGACACUGGAUAUUGUAAACAGUACAGAAGCAUUCUAUGACACACUGGCGUUAUUUACUAAUAGCACACAAGAUGAGUACAAACCUGUUGUUUUGAACUUUUUGCAGCACAGCAAUGAUAAGAUGCAUACUACUUCUAAGCUACUUCUCUCUGACUUAGCAGAAAAAGUGAGCAAGAUAACAUCAAAAGUGUAUAACAAAUAUGCUAAAGAUGGGCACAAAUUGAAUAAGAAAUUGUGUCAUUUGAAAAGUAUACUACCCGACGAUAAGCUUUUAAAACAAUUGACCGAGAAUAAUCAGCUGUUGAAAGAUUAUGACAAGUCUUGUUUCUCAAACGAUACGAAAGAUUUAAAUGACAGAACGACUGCGAAAGGAAAUACAAAGAUCAAGAAUACAAAGUAUGUCAGAGAAACCGAUGAUAAAGUAUUGCACGCAAAAUAUGAUAAAAAGAAUACUCAUAAAAUUCAUGAUAAUAAUAAAGAGAACUCUUCGAAAGAUAAAAAAAAUAAGCAAAAUGUAGAAAAAUCUAUUCCUAUGAAGAUUUUGCAAAAUGCCGGCCGUAAGAUACAUAAUACCUCUCAGUUACUGAUCUCUAAGGUAGUAGAAAAUACGAUCAAAUUAAGACAAGAAUUGAACAAGAAGCUACAACACUUGAAAGACAUACUACCAAAUAGUGGUGAAUUCUUAAAACAAUUGAUGGAGGAUGAUGAAGGAGACAAUAAAGGGUCGAAGUACGAAGGAAAGAAUGAUGACUCACAAUCAAAUGUAAUACAAAAAAAUAGUUUCGAUAAUAUUUUAAUGCCGCUGAAGCAUACGUGUCCACUUUCAACCGAUUAUUGUCCGAAGUUUAAUAUUAACACGAGCGCAUUUGACACCGUACCAAAUCAUAAGACAAAGAAUUAUAAACAUAAGAAACAUGAUGCAAAUAGCAAGAAAACUGUAAUGGAUUAUGAAAAUUCUGCAAAAACUUUACCUGCAGAAGGAAAAGGCGGGUCAACGAAGAAAGAUUGUUUUAAAUCGAAUGAGCCUACCAAAAAGAUCGUUAAUGACAAAGCAAAUUAUGAAGAAAACGAUAUAUCCUCUCAAAAUAAAAUAAAGGACUAUAAAUCAGAGCACACUGUUAACUAUCGUAAAUCUAAACAUCCUUCGUUCGACAGUCGCGCAAUGAAGCAAGAUAAUCAGCACUAUACAAAUACGGACAAAAGGAGCGACAGCAAAAGGUAUUAUGAGUAUAGAGAGUAUAGGAAACAACGGCAGCUUGACGAUUCUGAUUGGUAUUUUCGACGAGUUCAUGCUCGUAGAAAUGCACGAAGACAUGCAGAAUAUAUAUAUCAUUAGGAUACCAAAUGCUUUUGGAUAAACUGUUGAUAAAUUGUAAAUUGUCGACACAGAUAUAUGCAGAGAGAUGUAUGGGAUAUUUUUGCACACAUAUUUUUCUUGUGUACAUAAAAUAUCCCGUAUCAACGCAUAUUCAACACUCUUAAAUAUUCCUUGAAUAUCCAAAUGAUGUGUAUGUAAAUAUCCAGACAUCGAAAUAUUUAUUAAUAUUGUGACAGAUAUCUAUACUGGAAAGAAGAAUCCAAAAUCGAAAAAAAAAAUUAGGACUUUUAGAAAUUAUAGAUAUCGUACCUCAAACAGAGAAAAGGAAAUACAAGAGAAAUUACAUCAUCAGAGAUAUACGACAAAUAGAAUAUGGUGCGUAUUGUAUCUCAUGUACUAUAUUAUAUUUACUCUUGUAGUUUCUGAAAUCUUUCUUUGAAAAAUUAUAUUUUCUUAACGAGCUACAUAUGAUUUCACGUAUAUUUACGUGUUUUAUAUAUAUAACUUUAUAUAAAAAUUAAUAAAUUUAACGAAUAUUUGGAAAUUUGACAUAAUGGAUAUUCAAGAACAUUGGAAGCUUACAGGAAUUAUCUGUAAUAUGUCGUCUGUAAUAGCAUCAGUAUGUAUGUGUUUUGCAGUCUCUAUUGCAAUGUGAUAUGAAAGAGUAUGCAUUUCGAGCGAUUUAGCGAGUACACGAGGAUUAUUGAUAAUCUUUAAGCAGAAAAAAGCAACGGUCGGUUUUAUUAUUUCUCAACAAACCUGUUUUUAUUAAAAUUGUGGCUUUAAUUAGCAUUAAUAUUGAAGAAUAAAUUAUGCUUCGAUUUUGACUUUGGAUAAAGGGUUUGUUUUUUUAAUAGUGGCAGGAGGAACAAGAUUAGGCGUACUAUAACUUGUAGGAAACGAAGAUUUUUUUCAAAUAUUCGAUUUGAUUUUGGAUAAAAAUCUGGUUUCUUGGAUAGUGGCAGGAUUAUGCAUAAUUUAUAUUAUGUUACAAAAAAUAGAAUUAUUAACUAUUUCAAAUUUAUGAAUUAAUCAAUCACAGAAUAUUUAAGGUUUCAUUGUUCUACAAUUUCAUAAAUUUCUCAUGUAACGGAAGCGUAGCAAAUUAUAAAUUUAAAUGAUUAUAUAACAUUAUGGGUCAAGCAUAAUCAUUAAUAUGAAAAAAGUUAACUCACAAUUAAACAAUUUUACGGAUUCUUAUAGUUUAGAAGACCAUGAAAUACUCUUAUGUACUACAUCUUGUAAGAAAUGAAGAUUUUUUUCAAAUAUUUAAUGUAAAAAGAUCAACCGUUAUUUUCUUCUGAUUAAAAUAUGUCCCAAAUUUUUUCUCGGACACUAAUACCAUUUCGACGAUAAUCUUCAGCAAGUAAAAUUAAGUGAAAAGUAAACUCAACGAUUCCUGCGUGCUCCCCAAAUCUCUCGAAGUGCAUUCUCUUGUUGCGUAUGCCAUUAAUGAAAUGAAUCUCAUUAGUAGUAAAAAGAUUAAGGUGACGUAGAUAGGAUCUCUGAACUCGCAAUCAUUUUCGCGCAAAUUCUAUGUGCAAUUCGGGCGCAUCAAGGAGAGUAACAUGUAUGUCAUGACAAUGAUGCUGUGAUUGUGGUGAACCAAGUGGUGGUCUCGACGAGAGUACGACAUUGACAAAGCGACCUCGUCUAUUUAAUAGUAUUACCUUAAACUGAGUCGCCCCCUCCCCCCCGUGUAUAGUAACUUUCUACCAUCUCGCGCGGAACAGUAUAUAGAGGUAACAAAGUGAUAAAAUGAAGUUAUAUGUUUAGAUAAGUAAGAGAUCAAAA